GCGGAGGAGAAAAAACUGUUUUGUCACAACACACUGAGAUAGACGAGCGAGACUCACCGCGAGUCCCGACAAGGGAAGUUUAUUCCUCGUUUUUCUGGGACACCCUAUGACACGAACAAGAGUGGAUAGAAAAAAGUGAGGAUCAGGAGUUUGCUUGUGAAGGUGGGGAGAAGACAACAUGGCAGUCUCCACUCAGUUGGGUUUGCUGCUGUGGAAGAACUUUACCUACCGACGGAGACAAACUAUCCAGCUGCUCAUUGAGAUCAUCUGGCCCCUGUUCAUUUUCUUUAUUUUGAUAUCAGUCCGGAUGUAUUACCCACCCUAUGAACAACAUGAAUGCCACUUCCCCAACAAAGCCAUGCCCUCUGCAGGCACCCUGCCAUGGGUUCAAGGCAUCAUCUGUAACGCCAACAACCCCUGCUUCCGUCAUCCCACUCCGGGAGAGAGUCCAGGAGUUGUGGGGAAUUUUAAUGACUCAAUAAUCUCUCGUUUAUUGACUGAUGCCAAGAAGAUCCUGCUCUACUCUCAGAACGAUAAGAGCUACGAAGGCUACAAAGGACUGCUGAGGGCCCUCAGGAAACUUCAGAAGAACACUGCCCGUUUCAAGCUGAAGGACUUCUUACAAGACAAUGAAACUCUUUCCCAUUUUCUGCACCACAAUGCAUCUCUUCCUCACCACACGCUAAGGCACAUUGUGGAGGCCGAAGUCAAUCUUGAAAAGGUGCUCACCAAAGGUUUUGGGUUCCAUCUUCGCGACCUCUGCAACACCACCUCUCUGGAGGAGUUUGUCGUGAUUGCUGACCCUAAUGUUUCCCGUUUAACUCAACAAAUAAUCUGCAACUCAUCAAGUGACUGGCUGAACAAAGCUCAAAGCCACUUCCUCUCCAACUUGGAUUUCCUCAAACCCAUCCGGAGGGAUGUGAAGUCAGACCCCAAAGUUGUUCAGGAAGUCUCCGCUGCAACUGACAACCUUCUGGAGAGCCUGGGAGCGUUGGCCGUGGAGUUUUCCAGCAUGAAGAGUUGGAAGGACAUGAGGAAGGAGAUCCUUUAUCUGACUGCAAACCCCACGGGGUCUCCAAACCAAAUGUACCAGGCCGUGUCCCGGAUUGUGUGUGGACACCCAGAGGGAGGGGGCCUCAAAAUCAAGUCUCUCAACUGGUACGAAGACAACAACUACAAGGCCCUGUUUGGAAACCACGGCAACGACAGUGACAUCGAGCCAAUGUCCAUUUACGAUAACUCCUCCACCCCUUACUGUAACAACUUGAUGAAGAGCCUGGAAUCCAGCCCCAUCUCCAGAAUGAUCUGGCGAGCACUAAAGCCUUUGCUCAUGGGGAAGAUUCUGUACACCCCAGACACUCCAGCGACACAGAGGAUCAUCCACGAGGUUAAUAAGACCUUCCAGGAGCUGGGCGUUCUGAGGGACCUGGGGGGAAUGUGGGAAGAAAUGAAGCCCCAAUUCUGGAACUUCAUGGAGAACAGUGAGGAAAUGGACAUGGUCAGGAACUUGCUUCAGAGUAAUGUCGGCGCUGCGUUCCUGAAUGCACAGCUCAGUGGGACUGAGUGGCGCGUCUCAGAUGUGGCAAACUUCCUGUCGAAAGCCUCAGAGGACAAAAGACCUGCAGGGACUGCAUACACCUGGAGAGAUGCCUUCAAUGAGAGCGACCACGCCAUCCAGACCAUUUCCCGCUUCAUGGAGUGUGUGAACCUGGAUAAACUGGAGCCGGUGGCAAACGAGGAGCGUUUGGUCAACAAGUCCAUGAGUCUCCUGGACAACCAGAAGUUCUGGGCAGGAAUUGUGUUUCCUGACAUUGUGCACAGCGACAACAGCGACCUGCCCCCCAAUGUCAACUACAAGAUCCGCAUGGACAUCGACAACGUGGAGAGAACCAACAAGAUUAAAGAUGGAUAUUGGGACCCCGGUCCCAGGGCAGACCCUUUCGAGGACCUUCGGUACGUCUGGGGCGGGUUCUCGUACCUGCAGGACGUCAUAGAGCAGGGAAUCAUCAGAGCUGUCACUGGCUCAAAGGAGAAGACAGGCAUCUACAUUCAGCAGAUGCCGUACCCGUGCUACGUUGACGACAUUUUCUUGCGAGUGAUGAGUCGCUCCAUGCCGCUCUUCAUGACUCUGGCCUGGAUGUACUCGGUGGCCAUCAUAAUCAAAGGCGUGGUGUACGAGAAGGAGGCCCGCCUGAAGGAGACCAUGAGGAUCAUGGGGCUGAACAACGGCACCCUGUGGCUGAGCUGGUUCAUCAGCAGCUUAAUCCCGCUGCUGAUCAGCGCAGGGCUGCUGGUGAUGCUACUGAAGAUGGGCAACCUGCUCCCGUACAGCGAUCCUGGAGUAGUUUUCCUGUUCCUGGGAUCCUUCGGCGUCGUAACCAUCAUGCAGUGCUUCCUCAUCAGCACGCUGUUUUCUCGUGCCAACCUGGCGGCGGCGUGCGGUGGCAUCAUAUACUUCACUCUCUACUUGCCUUACGUUCUGUGUGUGGCCUGGCAAGACUACGUGGGAUUUGGAGCUAAAGUUUUAGUGAGUCUGCUGUCUCCAGUGGCUUUUGGCUUCGGCUGCGAGUACUUUGCCUUGUUUGAAGAGCAAGGAGUGGGAAUCCAGUGGUCCAACUUGCUGGCAAGCCCCUUAGAGGAGGACAGCUACAACCUAACCACAUCCAUCUGCCUCAUGCUGUUCGAUGCCGUGUUGUACGGAAUCAUGACCUGGUACAUUGAAUCUGUUUUCCCUGGUCAGUAUGGGAUCCCCAGGCCCUGGUAUUUCCCUUUCACCAAAUCCUAUUGGUGUGGAGAAAAAGAAAAUAAAAACAUGUCUGCGUUGCUUUCAAAGAAGGGGAAUGCUGAGGCAGUGUGCAUUGAGGAGGAACCCGGCCACAUUGAACCUGGUGUUUACAUCGAGAACCUUGUGAAGGUCUACAGUCACGGAAACAAGCUGGCCGUCGAUGGGCUGAGCCUGAAAUUCUACGAAGGACAGAUCACCUCCUUCCUGGGUCACAACGGAGCCGGCAAGACCACAACCAUGUCUAUUCUGACUGGGUUGUUCCCACCCACCUCUGGCACCGCUUACAUCCUCGGGAAGGACAUCCGCUCCGAACUCAGCACCAUCCGACAGAACCUGGGCAUGUGCCCACAGCACAACGUGCUUUUCAGCAUGUUGACAGUAGAGGAACACAUCUGGUUCUAUGCUCGCCUGAAAGGGCUCUCAGAGGAGAAAGUAAAGGCGGAAAUGGAACAGAUUGUGAAUGACGUUGGCCUUCCUCACAAACGAAAGUCUCGCACAAACACCCUGUCAGGUGGGAUGCAGAGGAAGCUGUCAGUGGCUCUAGCUUUUGUCGGGGGCUCCAAAGUUGUGAUUCUUGAUGAACCCACAGCUGGUGUUGACCCCUAUGCUCGGAGGGGAAUCUGGGACCUGUUGCUAAAGUACAGACAGGGCCGUACAAUCAUUCUGUCCACUCAUCACAUGGAUGAGGCUGACAUACUGGGGGACAGAAUUGCUAUCAUUUCCCAUGGUAAGCUCUGCUGCGUGGGCUCCUCCCUCUUCCUGAAGACUCACCUUGGUACAGGCUACUACCUGACGAUGGUUAAAAGGGACUACGACUUGGCUCUGCAGUCCUGCAGGAACUCCGCCAGCACCGUUUCCUACAGCAAGAAAACAGAGAAGGAGGACAGCAUAUCCGAGAGCAGUUCAGAUGCAGGCCUGGGCAGUGAACCUGACAGUGAAACCACCACUAUUGACGUUUCUCUCAUCUCUAACGUGAUUUUCAAACAUGUCCGGGAGGCUCGCCUGGUGGAGGAUCUUGGACACGAACUCACCUACGUCUUGCCCUACCAGUCAGCUAAAGAUGGAGCCUUUGUGGAGCUCUUCCAUGAGCUUGAUGACCGGCUUACUGAUUUGGGAAUAUCGAGUUAUGGAAUUUCCGAUACCACUCUGGAAGAGAUCUUUCUGAAGGUGGCAGAAGACAGCGGAGUUGAUGCUGUUGAGCUUUCAGACGGAGUCGUACCGACUCGGACUCGUCGACGUCAUGCUUUUGGAGAUCACCAGAGCUGCCUGAAACCCUUCACUGAGGACGAAUUUGACUUCAACGACUCUGAAGGUGAUCCAGAAUCCCGUGAGACGGACUGGCUUGGUGGGGCAGACGGCAAAGGUUCCUUCCAGGUUAAAGGCUGGAGUCUGAAGAGGCAGCAGUUCGUUGCUCUGCUGUGGAAACGCUUUCUCUACGCCCGGCGCUCCAGGAAAGGCUUCUUUGCUCAGAUUGUCCUCCCAGCAGUGUUUGUGUGCAUCGCCCUGGUAUUCAGCCUGAUCGUUCCCCCCUUUGGAAAGUACCCCAGCUUGGCUCUGCAUCCCAGCAUGUAUGGAGAACAAUUUUCUUUCAUCAGCAAUGACAUGCCUGACGACCCUCACACCAACAAACUGCUGGGAGCUCUGAUGGAAAAACCCGGCUUUGGAUCUCGCUGCAUGAAGGGAGAGCCCAUACCCAACACCCCCUGUACUGCUGUUGAAGAUGAGUGGGCAGUCCCUGAAGUCUCUGAGAGUUUGAGGGACAUUUUCGCCAAGGGCAACUGGACCAGGGAGAACCCUUCUCCCUUGUGUCAGUGCAGCUGUGAGGGGCGUAAGAGGAUGCUGCCGGAGUGUCCUGAUGGGGCUGGUGGACUCCCACCACCACAGAUGAGGAUCAGUGACAAAGACACCCUGCAGAACCUGACGGGCAGAAAUGUAUCAGACUAUCUGGUUAAAACCUACGCACAGAUCAUUGGAAAAAGCCUGAAAAACAAGAUUUGGGUCAACGAGUUCAGGUAUGGUGGAUUCUCACUGGGUGCAAGGAGCUCCCAGUUUCUGUCUCACAAAGAUGACAUUGAUGUUGCAAUUGCUCAGCUGAGGAGGCGCUUCCAUCUUGAAAGAGGAACUGCAGCUGAUCGGUUUUUCCACAGCCUCUCCAGUUUUAUCCAGGGAUUGGACUCCAAGAAUAAUGUCAAGAUCUGGUUCAACAACAAGGGCUGGCACAGCAUCAGCUCCUUCCUCAAUGUGAUGAACAACGGCAUCCUGCGCGCCAGUCUGCCAGCUGGAAAAGACCCCACCAAGUUUGGCAUCACAGCCUACAACCACCCGCUGAACCUCACCAAGGAGCAGCUGUCACAGGUGGCAUUGAUGACGACGUCGGUGGACGUGCUGGUGUCGAUUUGCGUGAUCUUCGCCAUGUCCUUUGUCCCGGCCAGUUUUGUGGUCUUUCUCAUCCAGGAGCGAGUGAACAAGGCCAAACACAUGCAGUUCAUCAGUGGAGUGCAGCCCUUCCUCUACUGGCUGGCCAACUUUGUGUGGGAUAUGUGUAAUUACAUCGUUCCAGCCACACUGGUGAUCAUCAUAUUUGUGUGUUUCCAACAAGACGCCUACGUCUCCUCGACCAAUCUGCCAGUGCUGGCCCUGCUGCUCCUGCUUUAUGGAUGGUCGAUCACCCCUUUGAUGUACCCAGCCUCUUUCUUCUUCAAGAUCCCCAGCACUGCCUACGUGGUUCUAACCAGUGUCAACAUACUGAUAGGAAUCAAUGGCAGCGUGUCAACGUUUGUCCUGGAGCUGUUUGGAAGUAACGAGAUCGGAGGGAUCAAUGACAUCCUGAAGAAUGUUUUCCUCAUCUUCCCUCACUUUUGCUUGGGCAGAGGACUGAUCGACAUGGUGAAGAAUCAGGCCAUGGCUGAUGCUUUGGAGCGAUUCGGUGAAAAUCGGUUCCGCUCGCCGCUCGCCUGGGACAUGGUGGGAAAAAACCUGUUUGCAAUGGCCGUAGAAGGGGUGGUGUUCUUCUGCAUCACAGUCCUCAUUCAGUAUCGCUUCUGCAUCACCACUCGGUCUUCCAUCAGCCACCUGAAGCCCAUUGGAGAGGAAGAUGAGGACGUGGCCAGAGAGCGCCAGAGGGUCCUGAGCGGGUCGGGCCAGUCAGACAUCCUGGAGCUGAGGGAGCUCACCAAGAUUUACAAACGGAAGCAGAAGCCAGCCGUUGACCGGCUGUGCGUUGGCAUCCCUCCUGGAGAGUGUUUCGGUCUGCUUGGAGUGAACGGAGCAGGAAAGACGAGCACCUUCAAAAUGCUGACGGGAGACUCCCUGGUCACCAGUGGGGAGGCGUACUUGGCAGGCAAAAGUGUAACUACUGAGAUAGAUGAGGUGCAUCAGAACAUGGGCUACUGUCCUCAGUUUGAUGCCAUCAACGACCUGCUGACCGGCAGAGAGCAUCUUGAAUUCUAUGCCAUUCUGAGAGGAGUACCCGAGAAGGAAGUCUGCGAGGUGGCAGAGUGGGGCAUCCGGAAACUGGGAUUGGUCAAAUAUGUUGACAAAUCGGCCGGGAGCUACAGCGGAGGAAACAUGAGGAAGCUGUCCACCGCCAUCGCUCUCAUUGGAGGACCUCCUGUUGUGUUUCUGGAUGAGCCCACUACGGGCAUGGACCCGAAGGCACGCCGAGCCCUCUGGAACGCCAUCCUGAGCAUCAUCAAAGAGGGACGCUCCGUGGUUCUGACGUCUCACAGCAUGGAGGAGUGUGAAGCUCUGUGCACCAGGAUGGCCAUCAUGGUCAACGGCAGGUUCCGCUGCCUGGGCAGCGUGCAGCACCUGAAGAACAGGUUUGGCGACGGCUACACCAUCAUCCUGCGAGUGGCGGGGCCAGACCCAGACCUUCGGCCGGUGAUGGGCUUCAUCGAGCGGGAGCUUCCAGGGAGCACGCUGAAGGAGAAGCACCGCAACAUGCUGCAGUACCAGCUCCCCUCAUCCCUCACCUCCCUAGCCCGCAUCUUCUCCCUCCUGUCCAAGAACAAGGAGACGCUCUGCAUAGAAGACUAUUCUGUGUCCCAGACCACCUUAGACCAAGUGUUUGUAAAUUUCGCCAAGGACCAAAGUGACGAGGACCACUUGAAAGACGUCCACCUGAGCAAGCGGGACGCCGUCGUCGUGGACCUUUCACAGCUCAACUCUUUCCUCGUAGACAGCAAGAGCAGGGAGAGCUGCGUCUGAUUCCACCAGUGGGAGGUGCUUCACCCACUCCCCCCACCCCACCCAGUUUGAAAAAUAUGGACCACAAACGUGUGGGGGAGGGAGGGGGGAACCAUUUUUUUGUUUGUUUUAGUCUUUUAUUCUUCUCAUUUUUCAGUGAACCUGCACCUGAGCGCACAGCCUGAAAAGGCAAAAGCUGCAGGCUUUGUGAAAGACACUGACUAAAUGAAAACUCAAUGCAAAUCAAUGCAAGAAAACGUGUACACAUAUAUUUAAGAGGAAGAUGAGCCCGCGGGUGUUGGAGACAGUUACAGAUGCAGGCUCUGUGUUCCACUGGAGAGCAGGAAGCAAACGUCUUGGAUUCGUUAUUCCCAUUCCUCGGAGGAUCUCACUGCUGUGGAUCAUUCACUGCCAGCUUUUGAAACAUGGACUGACCACUUUUUUUAUUCAGGGUCAAACUUCUUCAGCUUAUCUUUGUUACCAGCGACAGUUUUAUAAUCAAAACGAAAGUUGAAAGACAAAAAAAAAAAAAGAUCAAUCUCAGUGACAAAAGUGCAAUCUAUGUGAUUAUUUCAUUGACCAACGUAGACCUGCGUUCCCUCUACAGAGUUCUUUUCUUCUGUUUUAACAUGUGGGACUGCUGUCCUUGCUGGUUACCUUAACAUUGUUCAGCCCAGUGCCUGCAGACGGGGAGCACUCCAUCCCAAACCCCAGCACACGUAUGCUGCCAAGGAAUGUAGAGCAUGGACGGCACGCAUCCAGAGCCUGGAGAGAAACGCCCGGCCGCAUCCGCGCCCAAACAAAGAGGCCGGAUGUUUGUUCCGGUUCUUCAGCCGGUGGUGUUGCUCUGCGUUUUCCUCCCGAUCCCAAUCGGACGGAGGGUUCUCGGAGGCUGUUUCGGAAAGAUGGCUUUAUGUUUGCGACCGCAUGCUUCCUGCCAGCCACGCACUUUGAACAUCCGUGUCCGUGUGUGUAGACCAACGCAUGCCAGUAGAUCUGUGUUCACUGCAGUGGAGACAACUACCGUCUCCUUCAUUACUGUUGGGUUGUUUUGCAUGGCGUCAAAUGUUGAGAUGAAAAAAAAACAACUAAAAGUGGAGAUAAGUUAUGGGACUGAUGGGAUUCUAUCAACCUAUUUCUGUGGAUGUAAUGUACAGUAAUUCGAUGUCAUCAGUAAUCUAUCAGUAUCUGUGCCAAAUGGAGACGUAUCUUUGAUCAAACUAUGUAAUCCUACUGAGGCAAAGGAUUUUUCCGCUUUUGCUCCGCCACUCGAUCGAUCAGCUGCUGGAAACAACGCAGGCUCACAUGUGAGGUUUGUUCCAUCUUUACCUUUAAAGCUCUGGUGACUUUGCCAAAUCUCAAACUUGUCACAAUCACAGGCGUCAAGACAGAAAUAUUCCGUUUGGAGUCAGCCAGACUGAACACGACGAGCUGCUUUCUAUCUACAAAUCCAGGGUUUGAACUGAAGACAGAAUCUGUUCAAAAGUGUUUUAUAGUUAUUCAAGAACUGACCCUUCAAAACCUUUUUAUUUUAUUUCCCCCCUUACCUAAAAGAAUUUUGAGCACUUUAUGGGCGUAGCAGCCUUUGGUUUUCACCGUGUAGGAUUAAGCUUUUUCAAAACCCAAACCAAAUGUCUGCACUGAAAAACAGACACAUACAGCUACAUCACUGCAGAUUUGUUUGAAACUUGAAACCGAGAUCAAAGGCUCUUGUGAGUUAGACAAAUUAGUCAAACUGUGAAAAUAUUAGACUAGAAGUUGUUAAGAGCAAUGCAGGACAUUACUUAAGUGGUCAUUUUCUUCUCUUCUCGAUCUCAAUAUUACUAUUUGUUUACAUUUGAAAGUAUUACAAAUGUUUGUGUUGGUUAACCGUUGUGUAUAAAUAUUCUCUACAUUGAUAAAAAUUCAUACAUUUUCAAAUAAAGGACUUUGGACUGAA